CGAACAACUCGAACCAAAAUGCACCGUUCCGAUAUACACCACAUUCCAACGUCAUUACUCUUCUUUUUAUAUGUUUUUUAAUUAAUAUACUGUAUAUAAAAUAGAAAACAUUUAGACUAUUUUCUUUUUUGGUCUCUGAAAAUACGGGAAAAACAAGACGUGACGAAGCUCCAUAGUUGGUGGUGGUCGAGAUCCGGCGUCGACGGGUUUCCUCCUCCUCCUCCGAUAAUGAUGAUGAUGAAGAUUCCGAGCGGCGUUGUCGCUUCAGUCAUUGCCUUCUUCACCGCUGCUCUCUCUUCUUCUUCCUCCGCUAUUCCACCAAUCUCCCCAAAGGCUUGGAAAUCGAGGAAGAUGGAGAAAAUGGAGCCUAGGUUUGAUGGGUUGAGGUUCAUAGAGACGUUGGUCACAGCACACAGAUAGAUAUAUUCAUUAUCACUUUUGUCCUUUGGUGCUGCAAAAGCUUUUGACACACAAAGCGUGAGUGCUCUCACUAGGGUCUUCUUCUCUUUUGUCCUUGUUGUCUUCUAUUAUACCAAAACAGUCUUUUCUUUUACAAUUUACAUUUGUGUACUGAGACUUGUAUGGUUGCGCUAAAGUGGCCAAUCGAGUGCCAUUCAGUUGUGUUUUUCUUCAUAUUUAUUUUUUGGUAUGAGCCAAACAUGUAUGGGCAUGACAUUGAGUUUGUCAAAAGUUGUAUUAAGGAUAAAAAGAGCAAUUAUAAAGGAGGGUUUAGUUA